AUGGCUAAACGCAAGCGCAAUGAAUCUACCAAGGAGGAGGUGGUAGCUGCAGGAAAUUCCGCCAAAACAGCCAAAUCGGCACCUACUCCAUCAGAGGUUCCUGAUGCCGCCGUUACAGUCCAAGUUGUCACGGGCUCCUACGAACGAGUGCUGCACGGCUUCACAGCUGGAAUUCCUGCAUCUGCUUUACUCGCCAAGGAGGUCGUCUCAAAAGACCCCCAAUCUACUAUUCAAUGCGUUGACUCGUUCUUAUUCGAGGCCCAUGGCUCCGCGAUUCGCUGUCUGGCUUUGUCCCCAAUGCCCAAGGCCACUGACUCGCCGGAUGCCCAAAAAGUUUUCCUCGCCUCAGGGUCAACCGACGAGAGAAUCCAGUUAUACUCACUGGCCGCUGCACCUCCUGCUGUGAGCGAUGAGUAUCCGUCUGUGCCAACACUCGCCGGUAACAAAAUCCUGGAAAACCCCAAGAACCGUGAGCUCGGAUCACUUCUCCAUCAUUCCGCCAGUAUCACCACCUUAAGCUUUCCCUCGCGCAGCAAGCUCCUCGCAGCCGCAGAAGACAACGAAAUUUCCAUCUCAAAGACUCGUGACUGGUCGGUUGUCUCAACAAUCAAAGCGCCACACCCAAAGGUUCAAGGUCGCCCCAGCGGUGAUACUGCUCCGCCAGGGGCUGCGCCAUCGGGUGUCAAUCAUUUCGCAGUUCAUCCCAGUAUGAAGUUGAUGCUGAGCGUGGGCAAGGGCGAAAAGUGCAUGCGACUUUGGAAUUUGGUCACAGGCAAAAAGGCUGGUGUAUUGAACUUUGGGCGAGAAAUUCUCCAGAGUGUCAAGGAGGGAAAGUACAGCAGUGGAGAGGGUCGGCGUCUAGCAUGGAACGCUGCCGGGGAGGAGUUUGCCGUGGCAUUCGAGUGGGGUGCUGUUGUCUUUGGUGUUGAUUCUACGCCUAAAUGCAGGGUUCUGCCCGGCCCUCGGAGUAAGAUUCAUGAAAUGAAGUAUGUUUCCGUGGGCGACGGCGAUAAGACAGAAGAUCUCCUUGCUGUAUCCACAGAAGAUGGCCGAGUUGUUUUCUACUCAACCUCUACGCUGCGAGAUCCCGAGGACGGCGAUGAAUCGACCAUUCCUCAUGCAGUCGCGACUGCGCAGAUUGGUGGAAAACAGGCCGGUUUCCCUGGACGAAUCAAGGAUUUUGAAGUCUUAAAUUUAGAGAACCAACCGGCCGACAACAGCAAGAACCUUCUUGCGGUCACUGGAAACAGCGAUGGCGUGGUGCGUAUCUGGAAGAUCAAUUCGAAAUCUUUGCUCUCAAGCAAGGGCUCCAAAGGCUCCAAGGCCGGCGCCGAAACGGCCGGCCAAGUCGGGACUCUCUUGACGACGUACGAAACUGGAAACCGCAUCACUUGCCUAGCUGCCUUUGUUAUGCUUCCAGCCGAGGAUGCAUCGACUCUUUUGGACUCGGCCGAUGAGGAAUCUGACGAGGAGGAGGAAGAGGAGUCCGAGAGCGAUGACGAUGAUGAGUAG